UUUUUUUUCUAAUGGAUUUUGUUUUGGUUCUUCUCCACCUCCUAGCUAAGUGUAGCUUGCUGCUGUAGAGCUGCGGAUAUUUUAUUUCUGAUGUUUUUUUCUUUAAUUGACAACUACAGAAGAUGAAGAAGUUAUUUGAGGACUUUAAAAAGGACAUAAAAUUUAAAUCUGCAGGACCCGGGAAGAAGUUAACGGAAGAUGCAAGCAAGCCUGCAGUGGCUCCGAGCAGCUCCAGCACUAAGCAGAGUCGGCAUUCUCCCAGCGAAGGAGCGCAGAUGGCAGGGGCCGCGGCCCUGGCCCGCAUCGAGCAGCAGCAGCGGCCCAAGGUGCACACCUCCCAGGACGCUAUCAGGAACCAGGUUAAGCGAGAACUGGAGGCGGAGGCAGCAGCUCUGGCUGAGAAGGAAAAUGCAGUCACAGCCGAGGGAUCCAAAGUGAAAGACCCGGCCUGCCUCUCUGUGUCCGGCGUUUACUUCACCUGCCCUCUCACCGGAGCCACGCUAACCAAGAGUCAGAGGGAGGUGCACAUUAAAGAGGCCAUUCUGAUGCGCUUCGAGGAGGAUGACGUCGAGGCUUCUGUCAUGAUGGUCCACACAUUCAACAAAGACAGAGAGAAAGUGAAGGCAGCUGUGGACAUCAUCAGCAAGUAUGUUGACAAUAUAUGUAAGAAUCCAUCAGAGGAGAAAUACAGAAAGAUAAAAGUUAGCAACAAGGUGUUCCAGGAAAAAGUACGUCCUGUGGAGGGCAGUCGGGAGUUCCUGCAGGCUGUGGGCUUUAUAAGUGUUAUGCUUCCUGUUGAGGGCCAAGAGGAGGAGGAGGAGUUCCUGGUGUUGCCGGAGCAGAGUGACGACGCCCUGGAGCUGAUGAAGGAGCGGAGGGACCGCCUUCAGAGGGGAGAGCCGGUCAGGGCCCAGCUGGACCGGCAGCCUCAGGCUUUCCGACCGUCUCCCAACGCGCAGCGCUUUGAGCUGCCGCCCGAGUUCUACAAUCUGUCGGCGGAGGAGCUGAAGAAGGAGCAGCAGCAGAGAACUGAACUGGUGGAGAAGAACGCCAUGCUUCGCACGAAAGCCAUGAGGGAGAAGGAGGAGCAGAGGGAGAGGAGGAAAUACAACUACACCCUGCUCAGAGUCAGACUGCCUGACGGGAACCUGCUGCAAGCCACGUUUUACGCCUGGGACCGUCUGCCGGCACUCUUUGAAUUCGUCCGGGAGUCUCUGGUGGACGGCUGGCAGCCGUUUGAGCUCAUCGCCCCCGGAGGGCAAAAGCUGGAGGAGUCUGAGGAGGUCACUCUGGUCGAAUGUAACUUGGUCCCCGCUGCCCUGCUCACGUUUGCCUGGGAUGCAGCCGUGCAGGCCGACAUUGCCGCUGCAGGCGGGAAGAGCUCCGCCGCCCUCCUCAAACCGGAGCUGCUGGAGAGAAUUCAAACCCUGAGCUGAGCGGAGUGGGGAGACGGCGCCCUCUGACCUCUGCUACCUCCUCCCUCUUCCUCACUGGUUGCUGAGGUGAAGUUGCCCCUUGGAGUAGUGCUGUAUUUAUUUUUACAAAUUCUACUUAAAGUUGAAGAUAGCAGCGCGGCGGCAACUUCACCCUAAGGGAUUUGUUUUAAACCUACCCCUCUCUGUCUCUUUGUCUCUCUCUCUCUCUCUCUCUCUCUCCAUGCGGGGACGCAGUCGCCCUCCGACAUGUCUCAGCAGCCAUUUGUAUUAAAGGAGAGACACUACUAACAUGUAACGGACAUGUUUGUCUACGUUUCCCCCCCUCAGUGUCUCGGCUCAUUGUAGAAGUUGCAUGGUUCGGUUCGGUGGUUUAAUGGAAGUCUCGAAGCGACCGCUUUCUUUCGUCAGUGUUCAAAGUGAAAGGUGAACUCCGUGUCGGCUGUGUGAACUCGUCACGUGACUCCGCCCGCGUGAGCUCCUGCUGCUUGUUUGUCGUCCGCUGGGCCGUGGCGUGCCGCUCUUUCCUGUGUUGUACAGCAGAUUCUGCAGCCUCGGUUGGAGCACGAGACUUUUGAUGAAUCAGAAGUCAAAUAUUGUUUUUAUAUAUAUCGACCGGACGAACGCGGAGCGUUUAAUAGCAGUACUUAACGUCACGCUGUUCGCUUGUGCAUCUUAAUAAACUAGAGAAACCUUCAAAAGGUUUGAUUCAUUUCGGUUAAUUAAAGCUUGCAGCUAUGAAAACCGCAAAUUUAGUUUCUAUUGACAUUAAAGCUUUCAAAAUGUAUGUUGAUGGAAAUGUCUGCCUACUGAAGUAACUUUCUAAUAUAUAUAUAUAUUAUUUUUAAUUUUUUUCCACUGACUUUCGACUUCAUAAAACCUUAAAUCAUCACUAACUGUGGAAACUCUUUCCUGAAGCAUCUUUGAUUUUGGGCAUCGCCAGUCUGCCCUCCACACUCCAAUUUCUUAAUUCCCAAAUAAAUUGAUAAAUGUAAUUUUUUGUAAUUUAUUUGGGUCAAUUGCUUUGGUCUCUGUCAUGUCUUGAAUCUCCCCAAACAAAUUAAUUCUGUAUUUAAAGGGAAAAAAAAAAAUAUUGAUUUUUUUUUCCGGAAACUGAAUUUUUGGUUUUUCACGAGCUGCGAGACAUAAUUAUCAAACUUAAAAAUAAAUGCCUGAAAUAAUCAGCUGAUGUGUGUUGGACCUGCAGAGUAAGAGCCUGACUUCCUGAAUUUUAAAAUCACUGAAGAAUAAUUUAAUUGAUUGAGACAUACCUGUACUUUAGUUGUUUAAAGCACUUUGAAGGAAUAUUUAAGACAAAAGAUGGGUUUAUUUUGUAAUAAUACUCUGUUCAUUAUGGCCACGAAUGAAGGAACUUUGAAGGAACAUUUAAGACAAAAGAUGGGUUUAUUUUGUAAUAAUACUCUGUUCAUUAUGGCCACGAAGGGGAUAAACAAUAAUAAUCCACAAACUAUUAUGGAUUAUCAGUAAAGCUUAUGUUGUUUCCAACAUUAAUUUUGCUUUUUUUUCCUGAAAUGUGUUUUUUUGAACAUUGUGAUUCUUCCUUGAAGUCUUGUGUUUGUUGAGGGUUUACAUUAAAUGUGUGGGAACAAUCACCAAGUAGAGCUGCGACAGUAUAUUUAUGUUUUACUGCCUCACCUCAACUCAGGUGUCGCUUUUUAUUUUCCGUUAACUUUGAGUUCAAGAAGAAAAACA